AUGAUUAGAAAUAAUGAAUACAUCUCGUUGACGGAACUUCAAGAGAGACAGAGAAUUGAGGAUAGAAAAACGAAACGAAUCAUCGGAAAGGUAAGAGAUUAUGAAGUUGGCAAUGAUUGUUCAGGUCUGCCCAUUCCUAGUUUACGGACUGUUAUCCUUCGUCGUUCUCAAUAUUAUCUUUAUUUUCCUUCCAUUCGAAUCUCUCUACAAACCACUAUGGUUGGUCAUAAUGUUAUGCAUGAUGACAGUUUACUUCGUAUCUUCUAUUGUAUUUUCUUAUUACAUGGCAUGCAACACCCAUCCCGGAUCUCCAAGAAAGGUUUGUGUCCCACUUUUAUUCAUAAGACAAUUUCUGAUUGUCAGAAAUCGUCUUAUAAACAAAAGAAAUAUUCCUAUACUGGUGCUGUGGAACAUAUUUAUGCAAAAAUCCUAAAAAAUGCCAUGGCCUAACUACGGCAUGGUUUACAAUUGUAGUAACUUGUUAGUAACACGGAAUUGUGUUCUAUUGCGCAAUCAUGUUCUCCUUUUCUCUGCUUAUGAUUUCGCCUCUCUUCUCUCUCGCUUUCGAAGUGAACCCAUUUCACUUCUCUGUUUCAAAGGUCAUCUUCAUUUUCUCUUUCCACUUGUCUUCAGCUUUGCGCAGAGGCGAUAACGUGACCCAUGAGGCCUAGCCGAGGUGCGUUUAUUGCUGGUUGAAAACUUCUACCAAUUGCCCGCCACGCUGCCUGCCUCGCGCGGUAUGCGCUGGCAAUUUUUGGACGGCCAAUGGGCCUAAUUUUCUUGCCCUCCUUCUAGUAAACGGAAUGUGGCUGCGGUAAUCGCGUCGCUGAAGUGAAAAGAAGUUUGAUUUUGUCGCGGCUGAAUUCGUUGUCUCGGUGUUAUUUUCAAUGCGAUAGAGCGUUCACUAAGUAUUUUUCUCACGUCAGCAGAAUGAUAAGUCUUGCACGCUCCUUUAAAAUUCAGAGCAUAAAUUUUAGCGGCUUGGAACUCCCGUCUGCUACUAUUGCAAAGGUUACAAACCGUCGGGUGCUCAUCAUUGCAAUGUUUGUGAGACUUGUAUAUUGAAUAUGGACCAUCAUUGUGUCUUCAUAAAUUCCUGCGUCGGCGCUCAGAAUCAUCGAUAUUUCAUCCAAUUCCUCGGAUUUCUCUCCAUCGCUUGUCUUCUCUUUGUCAUUUUUACUUGGAGGACCUUUUAUUACAAUGUUGUGGACUAUCUUCUGGGCAGUGUAAGUGUAUUCAAAAAUGAAUAAUUUCAUUUUUCAGGGGAAACGUUCCUUCUGUGCUCAAGAGAAGUUGUUCUUUGUCUCCUGGAGGGAUACUCUGUGUUACAGUAAUUAUUUGGUCGCGAUCCCUGUGGCCAUUGUGUUCCUUUUAUGUUUACAGAUCUUUGCCUUUGCCGGUUUUUUAUUCUGGCAAAACUUCUCAAUGAUUUCAUUUGGAAUUCUUUACAUCGAAUCCCUGGUAAGUUGAGGAAUACGUGAGGUUUUAAUAUAAAGUAAUAUUAUAUUAUUCAUUCGUACGACGUUUAGAAGAGUGACAAAAAGAGCUCGCUCCAGAUGUAUUUGUGGCCAUUUGGGGCUCCAAACUUUACGAAAAACUGGAGAAAUUUUCUGGGAUUGCACUUUGGAAGAAGAUUCUGGUCGCAUAUCCUCCUUCCCUCCACUCAUAAGCCUUUUUUCCAUGAAGAAUAUACCCCUCCUAUGUGCAACUUGUGA